AUGAACCCCCACCAGAAGAACAAGAUUGACGUUAGCACCCUCUCCCCAGAGGAGCAGCGUCUCUUCCGCCUCUACGGCAAGCUGCCCUCGCGAUCCGACCACUUCGCCAAGCACCUGAAGGAGCGCAAGUACUUUGACAGCGGCGACUACGCCAUGUCCAAGGCCGGCAAGGGCGACAGCGUCGACACGGGCGCCGUCGGCAGCCAGCACCCCGUCCCCGAGAACAUCCCCCACCUGUCCAGCCCCGUCAACAACGGCAGCGGCAACAACCCCGGCGUCCACGGCCUGCACCCUCCCCACCACGGCAGCAUGCAGGCGGGGAGCCCCGUCAAGGAGAGCAGCUUCCUGAACCGCGAGACGAGCGCCGAGGACAUCGAGGGCGAGAAGAAGGAUGUUCCAGAUGGGCAGCAGCAGCAGCUGGGUGGGGCCGAGGGUAUCCCUAUUCGAAGAUAG